GGGGGGGGGGGGUAACCUUCAAAUCAGUUGUCGCCUUGAUCGUUGGAAUUAUUGCUGGGCCAUUGGUAUCGAACGGAUUAAAUCCAUACGACUGGGAUGACACAGACGAGAUCACCAAGCAGAUAACCCGGUGCGUUAUUGCCAUUCAGGUGAUGGCUGUCGGAAUUGAUUUGCCAAAACACUACCUUUGGAAGGAAUGGAAGACGUAUUUGAUGCUGAUGAUACCCAUCAUGAUCUUCAUGUGGCUGGGUAGCGGCCUGUUUAUUUGGGCGUUGAUCCCACCCCUUGAUUAUUUGAAUGCACUCGUCAUUGCCGCAUGUGUAUGCCCUACCGAUCCAAUCCUGGCCAACUCGGUUGUAAAAGGUCGAUUUGCAGAGAAGCACGUACCCGCACACAUCCGAAAUGCCCUGUCCGCAGAGAGUGGAGGUAAUGAUGGCAUGGGUUUCCCCUUUCUGUUCUUGGCCAUUUUCUUGAUCGGCGAGCCGGGCACCGGUCAUGCCAUCGGCAAGUGGGUCUAUGAAACCUGCCUCUUCCAAAUCGUGCUGUCAAUUGUCAUCGGUAUUGCUGUGGGCUGGGUUGCUCGCAAAAUCUUGCAAUGGUCAGAAAAACACCGCCUCAUCGACAAGCCUUCUUUUCUUUGUUUUGCUAUUGCGCUUGCAUUAUUUUUAAUGAGCAUGACCGGUUUUUCUGGCAGCGAUGACGUGCUCGCGUGCUUUGUGGCAGGCAAUGCAUUCUCCUGGGAUGACUGGUUCCGACAAGAAACUGAAGAAGCGCAUUUUCAAGAUGUCAUAGAUAUGAUGCUCAACCUGGGCGUCUUUGCAUACAUUGGCGCCAUCAUUCCUUGGCAUGAGUUUGGCAAUGCAGAUAUCGGACUUACACCGUGGCGACUUGUAGUCAUUGCCAUUCUGAUCCUGCUAUUUCGACGUCUCCCAAUUGUCAUUGCGCUCAAGCCUGUCAUGCCUGCCAUCAAGACCUAUCGUGAAGCCGUUUUCAGCGGCUGGUUCGGUCCCAUGGGCGUUGGUGCUGUCUUCUUGUCCAUGAUUGCCAAGGAGGAAAUGGAAGAAGUCUUUAAAGAUCAAGUGGAAAAACCGGUUGUGAUAGAGUUGAUUAGUCCCGUAGUACUGUUCAUUGUGCUUGCAUCGACCCUAGUGCACGGCACGACCAUUCCCCUCUUCCAGCUCGGCAAACGUAUCCGCACACGCACACUAUCGAUUACGAGCACAGGCAGCAACAAUGUCGUGCGACUGCCCAAGAUUCGACGCAAUAAUCACUCACAGCAGCCACAAGAAGGCGAUCUUGGCGAUAAUCCAUUGGGACUCAGUGAAACACAGCGCAAUACGUUGAUCAACACAAUUCAACGUGAGAAGGCUGAAAAGGAAGGUGAUGUCUAUGCAAACGGCAAUGCACCCCAUUAUGCAGUGGACAUAGAAGACGACGAUACGGCCGAGGAGGAUUUCUUGCCUGGUGAUUCGGAUGACGAAAGAGUGACGGAAGCAGCCCGCAAUAACGAACUGCAGAGUAUCCGGUUUUUGGAGCCAGUCAAGCCAAGAGGCACGUCACAGGCCAAUUUAAAUGCUGAAAAGAACGAGGCGAGUGUUUCUAGUGUACGUAGCUGGCUUCAUCGCCAAAAGGAAGAACAACAACAAGAACAGCAGCAGCAGCAGCAGCAACAACAACCAGAUAAUACCAUGCAGCAACAGGAGCAGCAACAGCCCGUGAACGAUAACAGCGAAGUGUCGGGUUCAAGUGGUUUGCGUAACUUGUUCCGGCGAAGACAGCCUCAUCAGCAACAACAACAACAGCCAGCUGCAGGAGACGACCAACCCCCAUCUUCUUCAGCACCUGGCUCCAAGAUCGUACCACGGUCUGAAAAAGAGGCUGAGCAGAUGGGCGACAUGCCUGGCGUCCCACCAGAGGUAGCGCAAAGGGCCGAAGAGAGCUACCACAGACCUAUCAAUCCCCGUAUCGAGGUGUGGGAGGAGAACUCGCAUGUUGUCAUUGAGGAUUCUCAGUCGGGAGAACCUCACGCUGUGUUGAACAAGACGGAUCCAGAUUGGAAGCGAAAGACCAAGGAAAAGAUCAAGGAGUUGGAGGACAAUAUCGCUCAAAGCAGUGGCCGUUAACCAAUAUUUUCCCGGUCACCGUCAAACUUCAAAAAUUGCAUAAGUUAUUUCCCCCCCCCCACCCACCACUGUGUACACUAUCAAUUUGUAUAUUUUUUCCUUACUUGAUUAUCCGCAGACACUUACUCUUAUAAUUGCUUCCUUGCUUAACAACUAUUUAUUAUGAUGAAAUAAGCCAGUUUGAAUUGUGCUCCAGAAACUAUUAAUACAUGGAUUGAUGUCAAAGCGACACGGGCAACAAGUACUGUACAUAGACGUAUAUCAAUAUCUCAUUGCUAUGUUUAUGGGCAAAAUAAAGGACCACACGGUCUCUGCUCUUG